GACGCGUUAAACACCUUUCACACCAUGAAUGCUUGAGUGCAACAGUAUAAAUACCUGUUGUUUGUGUUGCUCUCAAAUCCUACACUCUCUCUAAAUCUUGUAGUGGAAGUUACUUGAGAAAUGGGUUUUACCACCUAACUAUUCAUUCAUAUAUCACCUCUCUCUCUCUCUCUCUCUCUCUCUCUCUCUCUCUCUCUCUCUCUCUCUCUCUCUCUCUCUCUCUCUCUCUCUGCACAAAACUCUGUCUGUAAACAAAUAUUAUAUAAAAAGAGAGGUGAUUAAUGAUGCAUCACAGGAGGCAAGGGAAGAGGAGCCUUGAGAAAGAAGAGGAUGACAUAUUUCCAGUGUACUCACCUCAGUCACAAGAGGAUAUGACGGCCAUCGUCUCCGCCCUUUCUCAAGUCAUCGGUGGUGAAGACACAGCCACAGCCACUGAUCAUCAUCAUCCUAAUCAAAUCUCCUCCUACUCCGCUUCUUCUGCUACUCCAAACCAACCACCACCCAACGUCAUUCAACAAUCACCAGAAGGGACCCAAAGAAGAAGACACUAUAGAGGCGUAAGACAACGGCCAUGGGGGAAAUGGGCUGCUGAGAUACGUGACCCACAGAAGGCGGCAAGAGUGUGGCUUGGCACAUUUGAGACGGCGGAGGCAGCAGCCAUUGCAUACGAUGAAGCUGCUCUUAGAUUCAAAGGCAAUAAAGCAAAGCUCAAUUUCCCUGAACGAGUUCAACCAGGGCGUUCUGAGUUAGGCUAUCUAACCACUCGUCCUCAUCACCACCUACAGCCACCACCUAUGCAGCCUGAUCAGCAACUGUAUCAUGACACCGCCAUGCCUCCUAAUUAUGAUCUUCAUUACUCACAGUCACAGUUUUAUCUGGAAGCAAAUCAUCAAAUGGGUUAUAAUACAAAUUAUAGUUUGCAAUCUCCUUCAUCACCUUCAACAAAUCUGCAGGGAAGUUCAUCUGGUUUUGGAUCUAUGCAAUACUGGCAAGAUUUUGAUCCAAGAAAUUACUAAUCAGUCAAGAGAGCGCAUGCAUGCUGCAUGCAGUGUGCUUGCAUAUCAACUUCAAAAUCUCAUGCUAGAUUUUUUUUUUUAUUUUUCAUUAUGUAACAAUCAUGUUCACUUUAGAUAAAUUAAUUAAAAAUAUCUAUAUACAUCAAUCUACAAAAAAAAAA